GGCCGGGACUUUGCAGGCAGCGGCGGCCGGGGGCGGAGCAGGAUCGAGCCCUCGCCGCGGCCUGCCGCCAUGGGCCCGCGCCGCCGCCGCCGCCUGCCCCCCGGGUCGCGCGGGCCGUGAGCGCCAUGGCCGUAGCUGGGGCCCCCGCGGGCGGCCCGUGCGCGCCGGCGCUGGAGGCCCUGCUCGGGGCCGGCGCGCUGCGGCUGCUCGACUCCUCGCAGAUCGUCAUCAUCUCCACCGCGCAGGACGCCAGCGCCCCGCCGGCCCCAGCCGGCCCCGCCGCGCCCGCCGCCGGCCCCCGCGACCCCGACCUGCUGCUCUUCGCCACGCCGCAGGCGCCCCGGCCCACACCCAGCGCGCCGCGCCCCGCGCUCGGCCGCCCGCCGGUGAAGCGGAGGCUGGACCUGGAAACAGACCAUCAAUACCUGGCUGAGAGCAGCGGGCCAACCCGGGGCAGAGGCCGUCACCCAGGAAAAGGUGUGAAAUCCCCCGGGGAGAAGUCACGCUAUGAAACAUCGCUGAAUCUGACUACCAAACGUUUCCUGGAACUGCUGAGCCGUUCAGCUGAUGGUGUUGUCGACCUGAACUGGGCGGCAGAGGUGCUGAAGGUGCAGAAACGGCGCAUCUAUGACAUCACCAACGUCCUCGAGGGCAUCCAGCUCAUUGCCAAGAAGUCCAAGAACCACAUACAGUGGCUAGGCAGCCAUGCAGCAGUAGGGAUUGGUGGGCGGCUUGAAGGACUGACCCAGGACCUCCGGCAGCUGCAGGAGAGUGAGCGGCAGCUGGACCACCUGAUCCACAUCUGCACCACACAGCUGCGCCUGCUUUCUGAGGACACUGACAGCCAGCGCCUGGCCUAUGUGACUUGCCAGGACCUUCGUAGCAUCGCGGACCCUGCAGAGCAGAUGGUCAUGGUGAUCAAGGCGCCUCCUGAGACCCAGCUUCAAGCCGUGGACUCCUCGGAGACCUUUCAGAUCUCCCUUAAGAGCAAACAAGGCCCCAUCGACGUUUUCCUGUGCCCUGAGGAGAGCGCGGGCGGGAUCAGCCCCGGGAAGACCUUGUCCCAAGGGACAGCUUCUGGGGAGGAGGACAGGGCAGCUAAUCCUGCCACCACAGUGCCACCACCAUCAUCUCCCUCCUCAUCCCCUGCCACGGAUCCUAGCCAGUCCCUGCUCAGCCUGGAGCAAGAACCUCUGCUUUCCCGGAUGGGCGGCCUGCGGGCCCCUGUGGACGAGGACCGCCUGUCCCCGCUGGUGGCGGCUGACUCGCUCCUGGAGCAUGUACGGGAGGACUUCUCCAGCCUCCUCCCUGAGGAGUUCAUCAGCCUGUCCCCCCCCCACGAGGCCCUUGACUACCACUUUGGCCUUGAGGAGGGUGAGGGCAUCAGAGACCUCUUCGACUGUGACUUUGGGGACCUCACUCCCCUGGAUUUCUGAUGGGGCUGAGGGGGGCCAGGGCCUCCUGAGGUGCCCAUCCUGUCUCUACAGCCCUGGAGCCCCUGCCCCUGCCUCUGGCCGUCCUCCCAGCCCAAUUGGAAACAUUUAAUUUAUACCCCUCUCCCCUGUCUCCAGAAGCUUCUAGCUCUGGAGUCUGGCUACUGCCAGGAGGCUGAGCAAGCCAGGAAGGGAAGGAUUCUGUUUGUGGUGUGUAUGUGCAUGCACCCAACACCCAUCAUGUGUGUACACGGGGUGAGUGGUGUGUGAGCAUGUGUGUGUGCAUGUGCCGGGGAAUGAAGGUGAACACAUCUGCGCGUGCACUGAGAACACGCCCCAGUGUGUCCACGUGUGUGUGCAUGAGUCCAUGUGUGCGCGUGGUGGGGGCUCUAACUGCACUUUUGGUCUCCUUGCUCCAGGGGCCCCACGAGGCCCAGGGUGGCCACCUGCCCCCAGAAUCCUGCGUGCUGACCAGGCCGGGUGGCGAGGCCUUGGCCUGCUUGUUUGCAGGACAGCGAGAGCACUUCUGUCGUCUUAAAGGUUUUUCUGAUUGAAGCUUUAAUGGAGCGUUAUUUAUUUAUCAAGGCCUCUUUGGCAAGCCUGGGGCACCAGCAAAGGGUAGGAGGGAUGUGGGGCUGAUGCCCCAACUCCUUGUACCCCUGAGCGAGGGUGGGGGUCCCUGAGCUGUUUUUUGCCCCACUCUGAAGGAGCUGAGGCCUGAGCGGUUUAUUUAUUGGGAAAGUGAGGGAGGGAGACAGACUGACCAACUGACAGCCAUGGGUGGAUUGAGGGGGUAGUCCCUCCCCAGGGGUCACUGCAGGGCCCCAGCUGCCCCCCAGGAUGGAUGUGAGAUGGGAGAGGUGAGUGGGGGACCUUCACUGACAGGGUGGGCAAGAGGGGUGGGUGAAGGGCCUCCCCCCAGCCCAGACCACAGGGCUCCUCCUGUGGCGUUUGAAGUGCCCCCCUCCACCCCACUUCUUGCUCUGCCCCACCCUCCAAUCUGCACUUUGAUUUGCCUUCCUAACAGCUCUGUUCUCUCCUGCUUUGGUUUUAAUAAAUAUUUUGAUGGUG